AUGCCCGUGUACAUGCUUCACGGCUUUCGCUGGCCUCGCGCAGGCUUCACGGGGAUCCGCGUAUACAUCGUGCUUAAUAACCUCGAAGAAGCAGCCGCCGAAUACAUCCAGCAACCCCUCACCACCGAACUACUCCUCGAAUCGUUCCGAAAGACACAAGCCGAUCUCAUGCCCCGAUUACCCGAGCUCCAAUUCAUCGAGCAGUACGACCCCCACGAUGAAUCCAGCAACACGGUCAGUCAGGAAUACGCGUACGUAGGGGCCAAAGUGGUGACUGUGCCCGAUGGCGCCGAUGCAAAUGGGGAUCUGGAGAAGGUCGUGGAGCAAGGGUCGGGGCUCUCGGAGGAUGCGACGCAGGCGCUGGAAGCUUUGCGGGACCGUCUGGCGCCCCAGGAGAAGAUUGGGUGGUUUAUGGUGUACAAUGGGGACCCAGAUCGAUGGUAUCCGUCCUCGGACGAGGAGGAGCACGAUGAGGAUGAUGAAUACGAGGGUGAGGAAGAGCAGGAGGAGUCUGGUGUGAGUGAGAAGUCUGUCGCUCAGACCGACUCCCAGACGGCUCCGCCAACGCCUCAGAGCUAUACGGUAUGUCACUGGGACAAUGACCACAGACAAUCGCUCGGUGGUCAGUCUGGGUUCCCCGAGCUAAUCCAAGGGUUUCUACAUUCAGGCACGUUUGACGCGAUUGUUUAA